AUGGUUAAAAAAUUAUUAAAUGUUUGUAAACGUGUAAUUAAAAAAUUAAAACCACGUAAGCAUGAUCAAAAUGUAAUACAAGAAAAAGAAAACACACCAUGGUCAUUUUGGAAGAAAGUGCUACCACGAAAACGAGAACGGAAAAGAAAAGACAAUACAGUAAUUCAAAAUCAAUUUAAAGACCCAGUAUUUUCACCAUCACUUCCCACAGAAUGUUUGAUCGAAGUAUUUACUUAUGUGCAAGACGAUCUAAGAACCUUGAACGCAUGCCUUUUGGUCAGUAAAGAAUGGUGUAAUGUUGUAAUUCCUCUGUAUUGGAGUAGACCAUUCCAUUGCAAGACUUCUGCAAAUGUUAUAAAUACAUAUCUUCAAUGUCUUUCCAAACAUGAACAACAGAAUAUCAGAACUUGCGGUAUUAAGUUAAAACGAAAUAGAGCACCUACAUUUUAUUAUGCAAAUCUACUUCGAGAACUUAGUAUGUCAAAAUUAUAUUUAUCCGUAGAUUCCUGGAUACAUAUAUCUCAAAAAUCUAUUAA